GGCUGCGAGCCCCGCGGCGCGGCCGGAGUCGUCGCAGCCACCUCAUUGCACAACCCGGCUUCCCAACUGUUUACACAGCCCGGCCUGUGAGUGUGUGUGUAUACAGCGUGAGUCACCGGGAGGCGGAGGAGGUGGAGGAAAAGGAGGAGGAGUACCCUGGCCGGGAUCAGUGCGGCGCACACACUCACUCGCUCACACUCACUCACUCUCUCCGAGCGCGUCGCGCUCGCUCACACGCCGGGAGCCCAGGAGCGCGCAGGACCCGGAGCGCCGCGGAAAAGUUGCUCCGGCUUUUGCUCGCGACUAAUUGCUUUGGGAAGUGCAUUUGCUCCGUGGCUCCUCCGAGCCUGUGGAAUCCUGUCCUCGCCGCUCUGGAGGCGGGCAACGCCGGCCGCUUUCGCCCCCGGGACUGUCGGCAGCCUCGGUAACAAUAGCUGCGGCUGCCCCCAGCGAGGCUCCCCGAACUGGUGCCAGCGGGGGUCCGGGGACCCUAGCCGGCCUCCGCCCCCCGGACGCCCAGCCAGCGUGGUCCCCGCGAGCAACACUCACGCCAAGGAGCGGCUCCCGCUUUGCCCCUCCUGGGGGCCGAGCCAAACCCGGGUUGCAAACUCCAUCCAGCCGGCUGGAAGAAGUCGCAGUGCCAGCGCCAAGCCCGAAGUCCCUCCCUGCGCGGAUCCGGGGACUUACAAAGCCGGGGCCGCUCGGGCCAGGGACACGAUGAGGGUUGGUCCUGUGCGCUCUGCCAUGAGCGGCGCCUCGCAGCCCCGCGGUCCGGCCCUACUGUUCCCAGCUGUCCGGGGCACCCCGGCCAAACGCCUGCUGGACGCGGACGACCCCGCAGCCGUGGCGGCCAAGUGCCCGCGCCUCUCCGAGUGCUCGAGUCCCCCAGACUACCUCAGCCCCCCCGGCUCGCCUUGCAGCCCUCAGCCCCUGCCCGCCGCCCCGGGAACCGGCGGCGGCUGCGGGAGCGUACCGGGGCCCAGCCGCAUCGCCGACUACCUGCUGCUGCCCUUGGCCGAGCGCGAGCAUGUGUCCCGGGCGCUGUGCAUCCACACCGGCCGCGAACUGCGCUGCAAGGUGUUCCCCAUUAAACACUACCAGGACAAAAUCAGGCCUUACAUCCAGUUGCCCUCACACAGAAACAUUACUGGUAUCGUGGAAGUGAUCCUUGGCGAAACCAAGGCUUAUGUUUUCUUUGAGAAGGACUUUGGGGACAUGCACUCCUACGUGCGCAGCCGGAAGAGGCUGCGGGAAGAGGAGGCUGCCAGGCUUUUCAAACAGAUCGUCUCUGCUGUUGCCCAUUGCCACCAGUCAGCCAUUGUGCUGGGGGACCUGAAGCUUAGGAAAUUCGUCUUCUCCACGGAGGAGAGAAGCCAGCUCAGACUGGAAAGUCUGGAAGACACACACAUCAUCAAGGGCGAAGACGAUGCUUUGUCGGACAAGCACGGUUGCCCAGCUUAUGUGAGCCCCGAAAUUCUCAAUACCACCGGGACCUACUCCGGAAAGGCAGCGGACGUUUGGAGCCUAGGGGUGAUGCUCUAUACCCUUUUGGUUGGACGCUACCCCUUCCAUGACUCAGAUCCCAGUGCCCUUUUCUCCAAAAUCCGACGUGGACAGUUCUGCAUUCCUGACCACAUUUCCCCCAAAGCCAGGUGCCUCAUUCGCAGUCUCCUGAGACGAGAGCCUUCCCAGAGACUUACUGCUCCCGAAAUCCUCCUCCAUCCCUGGUUCGAGUCUGUCUUGGAACCUGGGUACAUCGACUCGGAAAUAGGAACUUCAGACCAGAUUGUCCCAGAGUAUCAGGAGGACAGUGACAUUAGUUCCUUCUUCUGCUGAUCCCAAGAAAACCUCAGAAACCUCAUAACUCUCACACAUGGCAUUUCUAAAGGUGGACAGGCUCUCCAGCGUGUUACCAGCCAGAUAAGUGACUGCGUCAAGACUGUCACUGCAGCACUCUGCGCGUGCCCCUCUCACUGGCUGGCGUGUGUGACUUAGUGACGUGAGCAGCGUCCCCUCUGAUCGGCUGCCCUGGAAAGUUGUUCCCCAUCUCAGUGAACCGUCAUCAAGUAUUUUAUCCCACUGGAGGAUGCCGUGUCUCUUAAAGCUAGCCCAGAGAGUGGACAUCCUGCACCACGUGCUCAAGAACACGUGAUCUGGAACAUUUGAAUGGGAAAGGACGCAAGUCAGACAGUGAUAUUUUUUGGGGUAAUGACCCUAUUUGAACAGGGUGACAGUUUGGGCCAAUAAACCUGCCAUCUUGGAACUUGUCCUUGGUAGCUGGACUUGCUACCACAGUUUCUCUGAUCAGAAAGUACUUUUUUGGUUUUUUUUGUUCGUUCGUUCUAACACUCAUUCUUGUUCCACACUCACAGUUACCAGUGACUCUGCUCCGUUGGUUUGGAGCUCAGGACCCUGCCUGAACCCUGAACCCUGAACCCUGAACCCUGAACCCUGAAUCCAGACUCUUCCCCGAGAUCCAGAGAGACCUCAUAUGCAAUAAUGCCUUUCUCUUGACCUUGAAACUUGUCCCCUGCAACUAUGAAGGCACUUACGGGCUAAUAAGAAAGCAGCUGUUUCAGAACUGAGCAAGAGCAGAAACAGCAGUUUUUUGGUUUUUGUUUUUUGUAAUAAUUUGAUCCCUUGGAAACUGUUAGCUAAUUAAGUUCCUCUGAAAUGUGCUAGUACCUAUCCUUCACUUUUUCCCCACGACCAUCGUCAGGGUGGAGCCUCUUGUCUGGAAGGAAGAAAGAUAGGGAGACUGCCCAGCCUGCUCUCCUGGGAGCAAAUGUUAGACAUCUUUGGGCUUCGAAGCAAGUGAAUUUUGGACAGUCUUAGAAGAUGCUCAGACUAAUUUCCAGAACGAUCCCCCACGGAAUGGCCCGCCUCUGGCAUCCUGUGCGCGUCUGCGGUCCUGCGUGAAGGGCUGUUGGUGUUUCACACACGGUGUGGUUUAUGAAUCCACCUGUGGAGCUGGCUACUGGAGCGACAGAGAGAGCCCCAAAGACUUAAAGUCACAAGGGACGUGAUCCCACUUCUUUCCUCUUGCUGCCACCGCCCCUGCGGACAUCCCCCCUUCCGCUUCUUUGGCAGGUGGGACCCCAGCCCCUGCUCGAAUGCUUCUGGAGACAAAAACUCACUCCCCACAAAAGAUAGAGCUUCACGGAGAAACUGUAGCUUGCAUUAAAAAAACAAAAACAGAUCAAGUCUCAGUCCCUGUCCAGGACGGGGCUGAACUCAGUUGGUGAAACGGGUAAAUGAAACAUACUGUACUUGGAGAAAUGGCACAAAGCCAGGCAGGCGUCUUCAAGGGCUACACCAAGGCGGACUACUAACAUGCAUUGCGAGAAUGCUGUGUAUACCUCACGUACUGUGUACUUUGUACAUACGUUUUACCUUUUAUACAGAUGUUCGGUUUUGUCGUCGUCGUCGUCGGUUGGCUUCGACCUUUGUUUUGUUGUCUGUGUCUGUCUGAAUAACCUGCGUGUCUCGAACCACGUGAACUGUGAAUGAUCGUUGGCGAUGUCAGUGUGACAGGGCAUGGGCCCCGGGGGAGGGGGAGGGAGGACGGGCCUCCCUGCAGGGACGCCCUCGAGGUUGCUCAGCUCGGCUGGCGUAUCUGUGAUACCUGAUCCGGGUGAGGACGCUGGGCUGGCAGGGGCCUCUGCCAGGACAGCUAGAAACACUAGAUCUUUCGGUAUGUGUGUAGAUACGUGACCAGUGAGAUGCUAUUGCUGACUCGUAGAGAACUUUUAAUAAAUCUGGUUUCAUACAGAGGUGUAGUGAAUUUCAUCUCUAACUUUGGGGUUUUUUUUUUUGAUCUCACUGUAUAGCAUCCAGGCUGGCCUCAAACUCUCGAACCCCCUCCCUCAGCCUCCCCAGUGCUGGGAUUACAGGCAUGUACCACCACGCCUGGCUGUUGACUGAAUCUUUGAUAGACUUGAACCUGAUUACUUUUGCAUUUCAGUGGGCAAAUUGACUUUGGCGGGUGGGGCUUAGGUUGGGGGGUGCUGAGGGUGGGAUUGGGAGUCAUGAAAUAUUUAAUGGGUGCAUACAUAAGUAUCCUCAAGUUGUAAGAAUUCCUCUGGCUUUUUUUGGGGGUCAGGGAACCUUGAGAAUUUGACAAAAGCUGAAAAGCUGUGUGUACUCACAGGUCUCCAGCAGAAUUCUGUCAUCUCGAUGGAGGUUCCUGUAGGUCCCUGAAGACCUCCUGCUGAGAACCCCCCACUUUAGACCUAAUUAAAAUGGGUAAUGGCGCACCCCCCCCCACACCUUCUAUAAGUGAAAAAAUGAGAAUGAAAACGAGGAAACACUGCUGUGGAAACAUUGAUUUGCGUCACGAAGGCAGGGAAAGAGGAUAUUUUUAUUUAAUUAGGUUUAUAGCUUCCUUGUUUAGAAUCUUCUUUAAACAAAGUAAAUUAGCAUCCAGGCCAAUUCUGAAAAACAUACUGUAUAGUAUGACAUUUACAGGAAAAAAAGGACAUAGAAGUUUGUAGUCCAGGGAACUCACACCCUAAGCACACUGGUAUGGCCAGUGGUGAGAUCUAGACAGGAAAGUAGCAGGACCAUUGGCCUCCUUGUCCCUGUCCGCCCUGCCUGGUGUCUGCCACCAGGGGCAACCACUGUGGGAUACAUUUUUUUUUUUUAAU